AUGACUCGACGACUCGCCAGGAUCGCCGCCGUCAGGCGGAUCUAUUCGCUCGGUUUCGGGCCAACUUUCGGCUCCACAAGCUCUCACUAUGUCAAUACCUCUCGUGGUAUUUCAGCCCAUCAACACAACACGAUGGUGUUCACAAAGCUCUUCAACAGUAAUUGGACCCAGCUCAAGCAUGUACUUGAUCUCAUCAAACACCUCGCCCGCGAAGAUGGCCCAGACGCACGAGGCCGAAUCAAUGAUUGGAUUGCCAACCAGGUGGGUAACACUCCAGCAUAUCAGAUCAGUAUACAAGAACGCGGCAAGGCCUCUUAAACACUUGCAACCUACCUGUGCAGUCUGACUCAAUCAUUGUGAAGGAGAUGAAACGAACCAAAUCCGCCUUCGUCUCCAGCCACGACAUGGCUCCCGAAGUCUUGGCAUCUGAUCAGAUUGACGCGCAACACCACCAGUCGAAGAAUCAAACUGCGACAAACUCAUCUCGGAUUCUACGGACGUUGACAUGGAGGACGCUCAAGAGGAUAGCUCUGGGUCGGAUGCAGAACGGGGGUGUUUCAAGGAGCAACAUGUAUCAUUUGUGCGUAAUUAUUGCCUGAGCUCAGCCCCUUGGUCAAAGUCAGAUUGAUGAUGGUGUUUGUUGACUUGCCGCAGCUUUGUCGCUCGAUAAUGGGUCAGAUCGCCUUCGCCGUGUAACCGAAGAAGCAAUGCUAUGCAGCAUCGUAACGGUCUCAUGGCUCUCGCAUGUGGAGCGAACGAUUGGUUGACGACGUACCUGUACGACUGUGGCCUCACGACCUCUCGCCGUACGACUCGACGAGCAGCUUUGAGCCUGACAAUGGCCAAUCUGACGUUGCUUAAGAAGAUCGGGUCAACCCGCUACUUCCAUGUCACUCUUGACAACAUCAAAGUUGCACAUCACGUCAAUGACGAACAACUCGAUCGACGUUCCGAGCUGCUUCAUGGGAUUUUCGGGUAUGCGCACGUUCAGAAUGGAGACGUGGCCAACGUGUACGACCUUCAAGCAUACAUUGCGCAUCAAGCACUGUUACCUCCGGUCGAUGUAAACAUCUUCUUGCCCGCUGAAGCGUCUGAGGAGGCCUUCGCCACAGGUUUUUCCGCCCAGAUGUAUCGAGCGCUUGCUUGACUGGUUCCUCAUCUCGGCCUCACGCUUCACGAUAGAGUCGCCCUUACGAUCAGCUUCGAGGGCAAAGCCAACGACAUCAAUGGACCAUCACUCAACCAACACAACCCCCGAACUGCCUAUCCGUCGCUCUCGGGCUGCUCACUGGAGAUCACAAUUAACUCAAGAAGAUCGAGUUGACCCGAUUGAGUUACGCAAGAAGCUCAGACUCCUCUUGGUCGACAAAUUUGGCGAGGACUUCGUCCCCCGGCCGGUGCAAAUCGAAGCUCUCGCGGGACUUUUUCAGCUCGAGCGGUUCAAGACUCGAAAUCAGUAUGACGCUGUGUUCGUCAUUGCUCCAACGGGUUCAGGGAAGAGCUUGAUAUUUCAAGCCAUGUAUUUGGUUUACGGACGCCGGGCUGUGACCAUAGUUGUCAGUCCUCUGACUGCGGUGAGCCAACAUCAGAUAGGCUUUAUUCGGUUGGCCGCUGAGGCGACGCCGGUGCUGAGUCCUACGGUCUUGAUACCUUUACAGGCCGACAAUCUCAAUCAAGAGCGAAAGAAAGCGGUUGUCAUAUGCAAGGAAACAUGGGGUGACGCAGAGCUGUACCAGCAGUUGAGCGAUCCCUCCCAUACUGUCUCAUUCAUCUUCAUCGUACGCGUCCAUUCAAUCCGUCACAGGUUUUUGCAUGCUCACAACCCCCGUACUGAUAUCUUGCUACUAAAAAUCUCCGACAGUCUCCAGAGAUGCACAAUGGAGACAAGCGCUGGGCUGAGCUGAUAUCGAAGGACUCGUUCCGAGAACGAGUCCAGCUGCUUGCCUAUGACGAGGUAAUCAAGAUCGCCGAGCGGGGAUUCAGCGAAAGGGAGCGCGCCGGAGCUAUGAGCCACACAAUGGAAGGCUCGACUGCAUUUCGCCCCGUGUAUGGGCAAGUUGCGGAGCGGCGUCUCAUACUUGGCUGUCAAACACUCUUCCUCACCGCCGGCGCUCCACCCUACAAAAUCAACAAGAUCCUAAAGGUAUCCAGUCUCUCCGAAUCGCGGACAUUCUUCGCCAAAGCCGACCUUUUCCGACCAAACCUACGCAAUAAUGUUGUCGAGAUGACACCAAGAACAAACGGUACGACGGGAAGUAUCAGGGAUCUCCUUAACCAGCGGUCAGAUCCCAGCACCUUUCCCCAGUCCAUCAUGUACUUCAACAGCCGGGAAGCCACGUCAAACGCGCUCCUCGCGGUCCACGAACAAUACGGGAUUCCAAUUUCAGUCCACUCUCCCCUAGCGCGCAAUCGACAAGAUCGAGGAUGGCAAGGACUUUCUGCGAGGUAA